AUUUUGCACAAUUGCUUAAUUUGCCUGAAUACAGACUUAUUGCCGAGUUUGGCGCCACUGGUGGAGCUCUAACAAGCGUUGAGUAUCGAGCUGUAAAUCUUCUCCGCUACGUCUCAUCCACGGAUUACCUGCUGCUUGCCUGUGAAGUGGUCUUCGUCAUAUUCAUUCUUUACUACAUAAUAGAGGAAUUUUUCGAGCUCAAAAGAAUAGGACUUAUGCCUUAUUUAUCGCAGUUUUGGAGUUGGGUCGACCUACUGCUAAUUGUUAUCAGUUUCAUAUGUGCAGCAUUCAACAUAUACCGAACCAUUUCGGUUGACAAGAUAUUGCAGGGUCUCCUUAAGCAAGGCGAUGAUGUUUAUGCUAACUUUGACCUUCUCAGCUACUGGCAGGUGAACUUUGAUUAUGCCAUUGCGAUUACCGUCUUCAUCGCCUGGAUUAAGAUAUUUAAGUAUGUGGGUUUCAACAAAACUAUGAGCCAACUCAGUCAAACCCUGAGCCGUUGUGUUGGCGAUCUGGUCGGAUUUGCAGUCAUGUUUUUCAUCGUCUUCUUUGCCUUCGCCCAAUUCGGAUAUCUCGCAUUUGGAACUCAAGUUGACGACUAUCAAAAUUUCCAAUCCGCUGUGUAA